AUGGCCUUCGACGAUGACGAUGUUCCGACGGCCUCGAGGCAGCCCGCCGCCGGCAGCGAGGAUGCGCCAACGCUCGAGGAAGAAAUGGAAGACGGAGUCGCCGAUUUCACAAAGCUGAGUUCCAUGUUCUCGAAGAAGGGCAUAUCCGGCAAGACGAUUCGCAAGGGCGAGAAGGACUUUGAGUCACACGGCACCCAGGCGCAGGACAAGGUCCUGGAGGCGAGCCGGCAGGCCAUGGAGGAGGUUCUCGGCUACACGAGGAUACACCGCCGCGAUGCCUGGGUGAGGGCGUGGUACUUCCCGGACCGGUUUGCCGAGCUCGAGGGUGAGGACGACGACAUACUGUUGAGGGAACGGGUCGUCGUGGUAGAGCACGAGAAGGGAAACUGGAUGAAGGACAUUGGCCGGUCGUGUCCGUCUAGCAAAGAUGCGCAUGGGGCGGGUAGGCUGUGGCUGUUACCGGAGGAGGCUCUAUACCUCGUCGAGAGAGGCACGAUCGACCUGUGGUGGCCGAACAAGUCGUUUGAGGAGCUUCUGCCCAAACCUUCGGGCUCGGAAGCGCAACAAAGCUUUGGGCCAGACGACUAUGAGGCGGGCCUGCCUCUAACCCUGGAGGCUGCCUACACGUUGCUCGUUGGAUUCGAGGGUGAGCGAGGUAAAACGACAUUUUCCAAGUACCACGUCUUCACACAUCUCAAAAGAGGGGGCUUCAAUAUCCUACGGGCACCGCAGAAUCCGGAACUUCCAAGUGAAUCCCGAGUUGUCUCACCCUCCUGGUAUGGGUUUUCCCUCUGGCAAUCGCUCUUCUCAUUUCUGAGUUUGCGACAGGAACCCAAGGUCAACUCACAAGGACCUCUAGUAGCCCCUGGUCUUUACAGGUCAUAUCAUUCUAUUUACCAACAGCUUGCCAUCAUUCCCCGGCACAAGCCUUCUCCCACGCCAGCUGAAAGCACUGAGCCACAAGAUCCGUUCAAGAUAUUUUACCAUGUCUGGAAAUCGGGAGGUGCUCCCUUCUCAAAGCGCAACCCCCCUCCCCCAGAUUUCCGCAUUGCGGUGACGGAUACAAGCGAUACCUUUGUUCCGGACCUGGCACAGAUUGAAUCGCUGCUCGAGUCUACGCCAUAUGAUCCUCCGAACCCAGCGUGGCAGGGUCCCGGGAGGGUGUAUCAGAGAUUGAAGUGGGGGCACCGCAACGUACUUGUCGCGAUUGUGGACCGAGGCCUGGUCAACUUUAUGAGGUUUGGCGAAGGAGCGUUUGGUGAAGAGAAGGUCUACGAGAGAUUUGACAACCCUCGGGGCAGAUAUAGAGGGGGCAAGGGCGGCCGUGGUGGACGUGGUGGACGUGGCCGUGGCCGCGGAAGAGGACGGAGGUAA